AUGUCGUCCAUCAGCUACGUCGAUCAGCAUUUCCCGGUGCACUUGUCUUUGGUGACGGCUAAGGACAUCCAGGUGAAGACGCGCACUGUAUCGGAGCGGGGCAAGGGGGGUUUGCGGAACAAGCCAACCCCAAGCGACUUCCCCGACUGGAAGAUGGUACUGCAGUGCGAAGGGCCGAGGUGCAAAACCAUGCUGCUCGUUGGUGGGUACUUCGAGUGGCAGCUGGCCAGCACGGGUCCUGCUGACAAGCCUUUCUACAAGGCGUCUCUCUCCGAGACCGUCUUCGUCUGGUCGGAGCUCACACAGGGCAUGCGGCUGCGGGCCGGCAGUAAGGCGGGAACGCUGUCCAAGCUGGCAGUGGGAACCCUCCCGCUCGGCAAGGUUUGCACGCAUCGGUUCAAUCCGAAGACGGGGUUGGGACUGGGCUAUUCGGUCUGCAGGGGUGUGCCCAGGCGAGAGCUUACCGACUCCCUCAAUCCGAGCCUGAAGGGCAACACUAGGCAAACCCAGAUCAUAGGGGAGAUGUCGCACGCGGAAGUCGUGACGGGGAAUAACGCCCGGGUUGGCAGAACCGGUGCGGUGGCUAGAAAAGCGGCCUCGGAAGUUGCAAAGAAGAAGCGGCCGGGAGGGGAGGACGAGGUUGCGGGUCUGAGACAGCUUCGAGAACGAUACAUUUUAGAGGAUAAGAAGCUGCUGGGACCUGACGAAGCUGCCAACGAAAGGCAUGUGCUCGGUUUCGUUAAGGGGAUCUCAAGUGAGCCUUUCAUGAUCACCUGCUUCCACGCAGCAAUGCUGAUCAUGCUGCGGUGGUAUGGAAAGCGGGAGGAAGGGGUUUUUAUAGACUCGAUCGGCCACCAAGUUAAAGACCUCGCGUUCCUCAGCAGCAAAACGGGGCUGUGGGAAAUCUGCAAACGGCUGGUUGUGACCAUAGUCGGUGCUCAUCCAGGAGCAACCGAUCCCAGACGCAUAAAGUCAGAAAAUUACCCCCCAGUCGUGCUUAUGAAGGGGAUCAGCAGCUCCGAGAACAGCUACAACCUCCUCAUGGCGAUGUUCCUGCUCCUUCAGAAGGAGCAGGACGCCAACGGCAACAACGUUCCGAUUUGCCGUAUCUGGAGCGACUGCUCCGACAUGAUCAUGGGCGUCUGCCUGACGGUCAUGAACAAGGAGACCCGCGAGGACUACGUGACCAGGAUGGCACGACUCCUCUUGGCCGGUUCCCCCUUCCCCGAGAACCGCACCAUCCACAACUGGUGCAAUCCUCACGCCAUGGCGGCCAACUCGCGGUGGGGGAAAUACGACCUCAAGGGCCUCGACGGGAAGGUGGACUCCAUGCCGCGCGAUCUACGAGUUCUCCUGACCCGGUACCUGCUGGCGGCGCAAGAGCUGUUGACGAUCGCGCCUUCGUUCCCGCUUCUAGUCCAAUGGAUAAGAGAGAAGUGGGCGUUAGGCUGA